AUGAAUGAGCUCAUGCGUAUGCUAUACGGGACGGAGGAGUACCCAAAACUGCUCAAUGUUCGUAUCCACCAGCAUUACGUCAGAGUUCGUAAGGAUAACUUGACAAUUGAGUUCAACGGCAAGGGGCGCUACUGCGAUCCAGGCUCUGUACAAUCGGAAUUACCGGCUCCUAAGGAUUGCGUUUUAUAUUAUUUCGAGGUCAAUAUUGUGAGUAGCGAGAACCCAGCCAAAGUUGUGGUGGGAUUCUCGGAUGGCAGCUACCACUUGAACCGAUACCCAGGCAGCGAGGUUUCUUCCGUGGGAUAUCGUGGCGAGAAUGGUCACGUCUCCCUUGGUAGCGGCAAGUGGGAGUCGUAUGGUCCAGCCUACGAAAAAGGCGACACUGUGGGCUGCGGAAUAAACUACCUGAAACAAUGCUACUUUUUCACCCGCAACGGUAAAUACCAGGGUGACGCCGGUAAGAUCCACCAUUGCGACAACUUCCCUACGGUUGGAUUGGGUCAAUUUGGGGACCACGUUACAUGCAACUUCGUCGGCCCCUUCAAGUUCGAUAUCGCAAAUGAAUACCGUCGCGCGCUGGCUUCUGAGCAGAAGGAAAUAAAUGCGAGGCGCAUCAACACGGAUUCACUGGAUGUUUUGGUAUACACGUAUUUGCUUUAUAGUGGCCACCAGAGAACUCUAGAGGCGUUUAAGAGGGAACGAGGCGCUGUUUUAGUUAAUAACGGAACUACGGCAAGCAUCGAGGAUUGCUCGAUCACCGCCACAGAUGCAUUGCAUGGUGAUGCAAAACCUAAGGAGGAAGGCACCGACCACGCCUCAAACGUCAACGUUUGCGCCAAAUCUCUGCACAUCACAGAAGACGUUUUUCGGCGUUUUGAGUCAUCGCUGAGUGUGCGUCACCAGUUGUCGAAUCUUGUGAUAUCAGGCUGCUCCUUCGAAGCAUUAAGUCUGCUGCAUUCGGCCUAUGUCGACGUAGACAGGCGGUCAUUUUAUUACUGCCGACUCCUGACCCAGCACUUCUUGGAACUGGUGAUGAGCGGCCGGGUUGAGGAGGCCAUCAGGUGGUUCAGGGGCGUCUACGAUUUCAGCGUUAAUCAGUCUCCCCGUUUCAAAAAACUGUUAGAGGAAACCAUGGAAAUUUUGUGUUACAAGGAUAUGGACGUUCACUCAGUUCGUGAUUAUUACGGCACUCGAAGGCGGUUAUGCGUGGCGCGUGAGAUAAAUGACCUAGCACACGGCGACGAUAUUCAGAAGAACAGCCUGAGGGUUUUGGUGCAGUUUCUGACGAUUGGUCGCCGAGAUCUUCGUGCGAAACGAGGCCACAGUGGGCCGAAGUAUUCUCCUUCCUACAUUUGUCAGCCGCUGAAAACAUCGUGA